AUGGGGGUGGGAAGCGAGAGGAUGGGAAACGAGAGGACAAAGCAAGCUUGUCGGCGGAGAGGUCGAGAGGUGCGGAUGGGAAGGGCGAAAGCGAGCGGCAGGAGAGAAAAGAAGGACACCAGAGUAUUGUGCGGUGGUAGUGGUGGCGGUGGUAGUGGUGGCGGUGGUGGUCAGGAGCCUGAACUGAACUGGAGUCUCCAAUAUCUACCUUGGUUGUGCUUAGAAUGGAUCGUCGAAAACAAUGGGCUUAAGAAGGCGUGUGGUGUUGGUCAAUGA